GGGCUCGGGGACAGGGACGGGCGGGCAGGGAGAGCGGCACCGCGGGGAGGGGACGGCAGGGGACACAGAGCGGGGGGACACGGAGAGCCGUGGAAUACUGAGAACCGAGGAGACACCGAGAGAGAGCGGCGGGGACAGGCGGCUACCGCACAGGAACGCAUCGGUAGGGGCUCUGUGCCCGCUCUCUGCCCACUGUCGGUCCUCACCCUGCCCCAGGCUCGAUGCGGGCCGGCGCUGGCCAUGGAGAAGCUGUACCUGGCGGGGAGCAGCACCUGGAUCAUCAACAGCUCCCUGGGGAACGGCAGCCUCCGGCUGGAGAACCUGAGCGCCGGCAGGAACAGCACCACCGACCCCCUGAAGAGGAACGAGGACAUGGCCAAGGUGGAGGUGACAGUGCUGUGCCUCAUCCUGUUCCUCGCCCUGACCGGCAACCUGUGCGUGCUGCUGGCCAUCCACACCACCCGCCACAAGCACUCCCGCAUGUACUUCUUCAUGAAGCACCUGAGCAUCGCUGACCUGGUCGUGGCCAUCUUCCAGGUGCUGCCCCAGCUCAUCUGGGACAUCACCUUCAGGUUCUACGGGCCAGACUUCCUCUGCCGCUUGAUCAAGUACUUGCAGGUCGUGGGAAUGUUUGCUUCCACCUACAUGCUCCUGCUGAUGUCCCUGGACCGCUGCUUGGCCAUCUGCCAGCCCCUGAGGUCCCUGCACAGGAGAGCUGACCGGGUCUCUGUCCUCCUCACCUGGCUGCUGUGCCUGCUGGUCAGCAUCCCGCAGAUCCACAUAUUUUCUCUAAGGGAUGUGGGGAAUGGGGUUUAUGACUGUUGGGCAGAUUUCAUCCAGCCCUGGGGACCGAAAGCCUAUGUUACCUGGAUCACCCUCAUGGUCUAUAUCAUCCCUGUGUUGAUGCUGAGCAUCUGCUAUGGCUUAAUCAGCUUCAAAAUCUGGCAGAACGUGAAGCUGAAGACGGCUCACGGGCCCAGCGUGGGGCUGGGCUCGGGCUCCCGCAGCGGGACGGUGUUUGCCAGGGUCAGCAGCACCAAGCUCAUCUCCAAAGCCAAGAUCCGGACAGUCAAAAUGACCUUUAUCAUCGUGCUGGCCUUCAUAGUGUGCUGGACUCCCUUCUUCUUCGUGCAGAUGUGGUCUGUGUGGGACACCAACGCCCCGCAGGAAGCCUCGCCCUUCAUCAUCGCCAUGCUCCUGGCCAGCCUCAACAGCUGCUGCAACCCCUGGAUCUACAUGCUCUACACCGGGCACCUCUUCCACGACCUGAUGCGCCGCUUCCUCUGCUGCUCCGCGCGAUACCUGAAGUCGCGGCCGGCGUGCGAGCUGAGCAGGAAGAGCAACUCGUCCUCCUUCGUGCUCAGCUGCAGGGGCACCAGCCAGAGGAGCUUCGUGCAGCCGCCCACCCCGUGAGGCCGCCGCCAGCAGAGCCCGGUGCCGGUGCCGGUGCCGCGCUGCCGCCCGGUGCCCUGCGGAAAGCCGGGCCCGGACAGGGG